ACGGGCCGGCGAAGCCAAUGAGCAUGCGCUUUGUUGCGAGGUGGCCUCGGCUCCGGCAUUAUAAAGAGCGCCACGAGUCGGCAUUGUCAGGCGGCAGUACCGCGCGGGCCCGGGAGUGCUUCUGUGUUGGUGGCUUUCGUGCGGCGGCGGCAGCGGCAGUGCAGGCCGAGGGAGGAGGGCGCGAGGUCGCGGCGGCUCCGUCGAUAGACGGGGGAGAGGCCCGGCAGCGCAAGCGUGAGCGCGGCCGAGCCCGCGGUGCCUUCCCGGCGGGUGGGGACAAGCGGGCCCCGCGGCGUCAUCGGCGGCGAGGAGCCGCGCGCCACGGCCUAGCAUGUCGGAAGCGGGUGAGGAGCAGCCCAUGGAGACGACGGGCGCCACCGAGAACGGACACGAGGCCGCCCCCGAAGGCGAGUCGCCGGCCGGGACUGGUGCUGGCACCGGGGUCGCGUCUGGCACCGGAGGCGGGAGCGUGGCGCCCCAGGCCGGCAACCAGAACGGCGCCGAGGGUGACCAGAUAAACGCCAGCAAGAACGAGGAGGACGCGGGAAAAAUGUUCGUUGGUGGCCUGAGCUGGGAUACCAGCAAAAAGGACCUAAAGGAUUAUUUUACCAAAUUUGGAGAGGUCGUUGACUGUACAAUUAAAAUGGAUCCCAACACUGGCCGGUCAAGAGGGUUUGGGUUUAUCCUCUUCAAAGAUGCAGCCAGCGUGGAGAAGGUUCUAGACCAGAAGGAGCACAGGCUGGAUGGCCGUGUCAUUGACCCCAAAAAAGCCAUGGCCAUGAAGAAAGACCCAGUAAAGAAAAUUUUUGUGGGGGGUCUGAAUCCUGAAGCCACUGAGGAGAAGAUCAGGGAGUACUUCGGCGAGUUUGGGGAGAUUGAAGCCAUUGAGCUUCCAAUGGAUCCAAAGUCGAACAAAAGACGAGGCUUUGUUUUCAUCACCUUUAAAGAAGAGGAACCUGUGAAGAAAGUUCUGGAGAAAAAGUUCCACACCAUCAGUGGAAGUAAGUGUGAAAUCAAGGUGGCUCAGCCCAAAGAGGUUUAUCAACAGCAGCAGUAUGGCUCUGGGGGCCGUGGGAAUCGCAACCGAGGGAACCGUGGCAGCGGUGGUGGUGGCGGAAGUGGAGGAGGUCAGAGUCAGAGUUGGAAUCAGGGCUACGGCAGCUACUGGAACCAGGGCUACGGCUACCAGCAGGGCUACGGGCCCGGCUAUGGCGGCUACGACUACUCGCCUUAUGGUUAUUACGGCUACGGCCCCGGCUACGACUACAGUCAGGGUAGUACAAAUUACGGGAAGAGCCAGCGACGUGGUGGCCAUCAGAAUAACUACAAGCCAUACUGAGGCUUUGGCAGGAGUGUCCGACUGACCGCACACGCUUUGUUUGGAGAUCGAGUGAACACAAUUAUGUACCAAAUUUAACUUGGCAAACUUUCUAUGGGCUGUCCCAUGUGCGUCUUAUUUAAAAUUUCCCCCCUGGAAAUCACUCUCCUGUUUAAUAUAUCCAGAGCUCUAGUUGUUUUAGGCAGCGUGUGGUGUCUCAAGAGGCCAGAGCGGCAUUAUGGGCUCAUUUUUAUUACCAGGUUACCCAGAGCCAGAUUGGAGGGUCUGCUUCCUGCGGCCGCUCUGCAGCCUGGACCUGUGGACCCUGGUUGUAAAGAGUAAAUUGUAUCUUAGGAAAACAGUGUCACCUUUUUUCACCUUUAAUUUUAUAUUAUUUGUGUCAUACAUUUCCUAUAAUGGAAGUGUUAAUUUUACUGUACUUUUUGGUACCUUUCGGGAAUCUAAUGUAUUGUAAGGUAUUUUACACGUGUCCUGAUUUUGCCACGACCUGGAUAUUGAAGCUAUCCAAGCUUUUGAAAUAAAAAUUUAAAAACCCCCAA